AUGCCUCCUGAAGAACCAUGUGCAUUAAUGUCACAGUGUUCAUCAACUCAGUUGGAAGCAGAGAUACCUCCUUCAAUCUUGCAACCGCAGCUAUCAACUUCUACUCAGUCAGAAGCAGAUAUACCUCCUUCAAUCUUGCAAUCGCAGCCAUUAACUACAACUAAGUCAGAAGCAGAGAUACCUCCUUCAAACUUGCAAUCGCAGCCAUUAAACUUCAACUCAGUCAGAAGCAGAGAUACCUCCUUCAAUCUUGCAAUCGCAGCCAUUAACUUCAACUCAGUCAGAAGCACAGAUACGUCCUUCAAUCUUGCAACCGCAGCCGUCAACUUCAACUCAGUCAGAAACAAAUAUACCUCCUUCAAUCUUGCAAUCAGAAGCAGAGAUACCUCCUUCAAUCUUGCAACCCCACAGCCAUCAACUUCAGCUCAGUCAGAAGCAGAUAUACCUCCUUCAAUCAUGCAAUCGCAGCCAUAA